AUGGAUAAUUUGGAAAAAAACUCUGUCGAGCCAUCUAAUGCCCUGAAACGUAAGAAUGAAAAUGGGACUGAGGAGGAGAAACAUAUAGCAGCUGCUAUCAAGAGAGUUGCACUAGAUGAUGAUACAAAUGUGCAGAUAAAUUCAAUUGAAAUUAACAGAGUUCAUAGUGAAGAAAAUGAAGAUGAUGAAAAUGAAGAUGAUGAAAAUGAUGGUGCUUAUGGCUUGAAUACAAACAAUGAAGAUGAACUCCAAAUGGAAACUGAAAAUGACCAAAAUACAAACUCUAUAAUAUUGAGAAUGCUGUGUCUUGUUAAAGAGGCCUCGUUAAUUGUCGGUCCAAAAGGAGAAACUAUUUCCAAGAUGAAGAAAGAUACAAACUGUAGGAUCAAUGUGUCCAAAAAUAUCAAAGGAGUUCCUGAAAGAGUCAUAUAUGUGAAAGGAUCUUGUGACAAUGUAGCAAAAGCUUUCGGAUUACUUGUGCGAAUCCUGAGUCAAAAGAAGACUUUCUACAAUGGCUCUUCUCAGAAUCAGGAAAGAGAGAGUCAAACCGAUCUGGAUGAGAACAAUGGAAUAAAUGCCAAUGAAAUAAAGCUGACAGAAAAAAAGAGCCCUAUUCUAUACUAUCCAGCCACACUACAUCUCCUUAUUCCCCAUCAUUUAAUGGGCUACGUGAUAGGUAAACAUGGUUCAAGACUAAAAGAAAUCGAAGAGUUGAGUUCGGCCAAGUUAAUUGCUUCACCGCACCAGCUCCUUCCAUCUAAUGAUAGGAUAUUACGUAUUACAGGUGUUCCUGAUGCAAUUCAUAUUGCAACCUUUUACAUCGCUCAAACUUUUAUGGGGUUCAAAGACGUUUUACGGACGAACAAGGCAAUAUUUUAUCAACCAGGACCAGUUUAUACAGUGUUAGGUACGAAUAACUAUUCUCAGGUCGCCGUACUUCCUUUAAGACAGAACAACUAUCAUUACAUGAAUAGAUACAAUAACAAUUAUCGUCAUAGAAGAUCACCAAAGGCGUCCCUCAUGGCAAUGGUACCGUCUCCAACAAUACCUCAAUAUACUUCAAAUGAAUUGCAAGUUACUUAUACCCCAGAAUCUGUAGCAAAUGCGACCUCAUUUGUGCCAAAGUUCACUAUUCCACAUGUUCGCAUUGUGGAAAAUACAAUGGCCUCUCAACCCAUGGCAUUGGUAGAACAGGAAAUUUAUAUAAACAGCAACUACGUGGGAAAUAUUAUAGGAAAGGAAGGUAAACAUAUUACUUCAAUAAAGGAAACCACUGGGUGUUCUAUUUUCAUCGAUUCUCCAGUAGAGGGUUCUAAGGAGCGCAAAAUAACCAUUAAAGGAAGCGCUAUGGGAACACAAGCAGCAAUUAUGAUUAUAAGCAACAAAAUUGAAGUAGAUACGACAAAUUGA